UGUAUGCAUAUAAAGCCAUGAGUCCAUGACCCACGAUCUCAGAUUCCUUUUGACAGUCUGUUUUCUUCCUCCCACCCUCUGUCUCUUUUAUGUUAUGCGUCGUCGUUUCUCUCACUUCCACCGCUUCUGAAUCUCUAUUCUAUGGCUUCCCUCAUUGAAGCUGGUUGGACGUACCUGAUCACUCACUUUAGUGACUUUCAGCUGGCAUGUGUGGGUAGCUUUUUUCUUCAUGAAACUGUCUUCUUCUUAUCAGGACUUCCUUUCGUAUACAUCGAAAGGGCAGGAUGGCUCAAAAAGUACAAAAUUCAGGCGAAGAAUAACACAACUGAAGCUCAAGAGAAAUGUAUUACUCGCCUACUGUUUUAUCAUUUUUGUGUCAACCUACCUGUUAUGCUUGCAUCCUAUCCUGUAUUCAGCUUCAUGGGAAUGAAAAGUAGCCUUCCGCUCCCAUCCUGGAAAGUGAUCUCAACUCAGAUACUAUUCUACUUCAUUGUGGAAGAUUUCAUAUUUUACUGGGGACACAGGAUUUUACAUACCAAAUGGCUGUACAAGCAUGUCCAUAGCGUCCAUCAUGAGUACGCGACACCUUUUGGAUUGACUUCUGAAUAUGCUCACCCAGCUGAAAUAUUGUUCCUCGGAUUUGCCACUAUUUUCGGUCCUGCCAUCACGGGACCUCAUCUUAUAACUCUUUGGUUGUGGAUGGUAGUUAGAGUUCUGGAAACGGUUGAGGCACAUUGCGGUUACCAUUUCCCGUGGAGCCCCUCAAAUUUUCUUCCGUUAUAUGGAGGCUCGGAUUUUCAUGAUUAUCAUCACCGACUGAUAUAUACCAAAUCGGGCAACUACGCGUCAACUUUUGUCUACAUGGACUGGAUAUUCGGCACAGACCAUGGUUACAGAAAACUGCAAGCGCUGAAAAAUGAAGAGGUAGCUGAUAUUAAGGACAACUGACAACACCAACUAAAACAUGAUUUUAGACCGAAUCGGGUUGUUUCAAGAAAAAGGUAAUCGUUUUAUAGAUUUGUUGGUUACUGUUGUAGAUUCAACAACUUCUAAAUUUCAGGUGUGGUGACUUUUUAGUUUCUUUUACAUGCGCCUUAUGAAACUACUUUAAAGUCUAGAGGUGACAAUUUUGGUAUUUGACUCGUAUAAAAAAGUCAAAAUAGGUCAAUCUGAUCCAAUACAACCCCCUAUUUGAUCCACCUAUUGACCUAUUAUUCAAUUCAA